AUGAAAUCCGCCGAAAUGGAGUGGAAAGCUGUAUCUGAAUCGCCGGCAUCAGCAUCAGCAGAACCAACUGAGGAAUAUGAACAGGCCGAUGAACACGGCCUGCGGUGGCGGGAAACAGAAAUAGGUGUUUUAGCAUUUAAAUUAAAUAAAGACGGCACUAAAAUGUGGAUUCAUUUCGACGAUGAUGGAAACGGAACACAAAUUCUCUUCGAUGCUGACGGAAACGCUUACUACGUACACGGCGAUACCACCAUACCCGUGCAGCAACCGCCUAAACCCCAAACCCCCCAAAACCCUCAAAACCCCCAAAACCCUCUCAGCUAUACAAGCCACCAGGAGGGGCUAGAGAAUACAGAGAAUACCGAGGAAACAGCAGCAGCAGCAGCAGCAGCAGAGUGUGAAACAGCAGCAGCUGCAUGCGCUGAAAGAAACGGAAAAGAAGAACAGACAGAAGCAGAAGCUGAUGAUGCUGCUGAUGCAGAAGCUGCUGCUGCUGCUGCUGCUGCUGCUGCAGCUGCUACUGCUUCUCAGGAAACAUUCGGAAGGGGCACAACUCUUUCACAAAUUGAACUGCUGACGGAAAAAGAAGAGGCUGCGUGGAGCCCCCAGCAGCCAGACAAAUUGAACUGCUGA